AUGGCGGAUACUUCUUUCCUUUCCUCGUCGCUCCCUAACUCUGAUUUUGGUAUGAAUACUUACCUUCAUCUUGGAACUUGUGGACUUUGCUGGUACAUUAGAAGGAAGAGCAGUAAGAACUUCGAUGCCCAUGCCAAGAUUAGUGGAGUGAUCUUUAUCCUCGAAGAGGGCCUAGUACAAGCCAAGAAGAAGAAAAGGGAGAAGAAGAAGGAGAAGGAGAAGAAGAAGGAGAAGGAGAAGAAGAAGGAGAAGGAGAAGAAGAAGGAGAAGAAGAAGGGGAAGGAGAAGAAGAAGGAGAAGGAGAAGAAGCGGAGUUGGAGGAUAAAAGUAUUUACAUCGGCCUGA